AAGGUUUUGACGACAUGCAACUUGCUGUGGGCAGUAGGAGGGAUAACUGGCAUUGGAGUCCUGCUCAUCACUGCCGAUACCAUUGCUCAGCUCCUUACGUCUCCUGAGCUGGUAUCUGAUGCCGAGGACCCAUCUGGAACCACAGACUCUGACAUUCCGAGAGACACACAUGAUAUGCUGCUUACAAGAGUGCGUCACCGCCAUGUUAUUCAGCUACUGAUCUAUGCCUACCUCAUUCUACUGCAAUGGUGGGUAUCGUCCUGCCUUCCAGACUCGGAAAGUGAGAAUCAAUGUCUCAACGAUGCCAAAUCUAUUGCGAUGCUCAUCUACAUCUCGAGUAUCGUCGCUGGUGGUGAUUGGACUGGUAAGUUUUUCGGCGAGGAGCUACAUCAACAUCAGUGCCGCCAUAUUUCUCGAGUGGGAUCC